GCUGUGAAGUCAAACCAAAACGGUACCGCCAAAGGGGGAGGGGUGAGCCCCCUGCCCUGUGCCGAGCCCCAGUUCGGUAUGGCUGUCACCAGCGGCGUGGAAGCUCGGUCCUUCACCCUCGAGGAGGUCACAGCGGGGGAGGGGAGGUCACUGGGCUGGGUUCUGCCGGUGCGGGACGAAUCUUCAAAGGUAUAACGACAGUGCCACGUAGAAGUUAGUGAACACUCAGCCGAACUGUAGGGGAAUCCUGGAGAAAAAUCCCGAAAGCUGUGUACCUGCACAAGUGGUGGCUGCCGUUGAUGUAAACACUGUCGCUAACGAAGUAUACAAGUAUAAUUUCCCUCACACACCGUUACUGGCCAAGACAAUUGAAGGUAUUACACUAGAAGAGUUUGACAGAUUAUCUUUCAAUAUGAUUUUAAUGAGCCCUCCCUGUCAGCCAUUCACAAGAAUUGGCCUGCAAGGUGAUAUGACUGAUCCAAGGACAAAUAGCUUCUUAUAUAUUCUAGACAUUCUCCCAAGGUUACAAAAAUUACCGAAGUAUAUUCUUUUAGAAAAUGUUAAAGGUUUUGAAGUAUCUUCUACAAGAGACCUGUUAAUACAAACAAUAGGAAAUUGUGGCUUUCAGUACCAAGAAUUUCUGUUGUCUCCAACCUCUCAACCAACUGCCCCGUUUUACUUGCAGCUUGGCAUUCCAAAUUCAAGGCUACGGUAUUUCCUUAUUGCAAAGCUUCAGUCAGUGCCGUUCCCUUUUCAAGCCCCUGGUCAGGUACUGAUGGAGUUCCCCCAAACUGAAUCUGAACAUCCACAAAAACAUGCGAUAGAUGCAGAAAAGAAAAUUGAAGAAAAGAAAAUUGAGCCAAAUAUAUGCUUUGAUAGCAGCACACAGUGUUCUGGAAAAGAGGCCAUUCUUUUUAAGCUUGAAACUGCAGGAGAAAUUGACAGGAAACAUCAACAGGACAGUGAUCUCUCUGUGCGAAUGCUGAGAGAUUUUCUAGAAGACGACAUUGACAUGAAUUCAUACUUUUUACCACCAAAGUCAUUGCUGCGAUAUGCUCUUUUGUUAGACAUUGUUAAGCCCACAUCCAGAAGGUCCACAUGCUUUACGAAAGGUUAUGGACGCUACAUGGAAGGGACAGGAUCUGUGCUGCAGGCCGCAGAGGAUGUGCAGAUUGAGACUAUCUACAAAUCCCUUACCAAUUUGUCACAAGAAGAAAAGAUAACAAGAUUGUUAAUGCUUCAACUUCGAUUUUUCACUCCUAAAGAAAUAGCAAAUCUCCUUGGAUUUCCUCCAGAGUUCGGAUUUCCUGAGAAGACAACAGUCAAACAGCGUUAUCGUCUACUUGGAAAUAGUCUCAAUGUGCAAGUAGUAGCUCAACUAAUCAAAAUCCUAUGUGAAUAAUUUUUAAGUAACUCUGAAAGAUGGUGGCAGUAUUCCAUUAUAUCCAGAUAAUAAUUCUGAAAUUCUUUUUUGAAUUAAUAUUGACAAAAUUCAACUAAAUUAUCUUAUUCUCUCGUUAAUAAGAAUUUGGAUUUAUCAGGAAAAUGCCAUUUUGUUUCCUUAAAUUUAUAUUACUGUGUUUCGUAAGGUGAAAAUUAUUGUUAUGCUU